GAGAGAGAGAGAGAAUGCGGCGGCGGCAGCGGGUGGCGGUGGUCGGGGCGGGGAUAAGCGGAAUGGCUGCGGCGUAUGCGCUUGCCAAGGCCGGCGCGGAGGUCGUGGUUUACGAGAAGGAGGAUUUCUUGGGCGGCCACGCGAAGACCGUCGCCGUCGACAGCGUCGACGUCGACCUUGGCUUCAUGCUCUUCAAUCGGGUAACAUACCCCAACAUGAUGGAAUUGUUUGAGAGUUUGGGUGUUGAGAUGGAGAGGUCAGACAUGUCCUUCUCUGUGAGCUUGGAUGGUGGCAAAGGCUGUGAAUGGGGGAGCCGAAGCGGCUUCUCCGGCUUGUUUGCUCAGAAAAGCAAUGCAUUCAAUCCUCACUUCUGGAGAAUGCUCAAAGAGAUUAUCAAGUUCAAGGAGGAUGUUCUCAAGUACCUUGAGGAGCAUGAGAACAAUCCUGAUCUCGAUCGCGACGAGACUUUGGAGCAAUUCAUUACAUCGCAUGGAUACUCUCAAUUAUUUCAGAAAGCUUAUCUUAUUCCGAUCUGCGCUUGUAUAUGGCCGUGUCCUUUGGAAGGAGUGAUGAGCUUCUCGGCUUUUGCCGUGCUUUCGUUUUGUCGUAAUUAUCAUUUUCUUCAGCUUUUUGGCCAUUCGCAAUGGCUUACCGUCAAAUGCCGAUCACAAUCUUAUGUGAAUAAGAUGAGAGAAGAGCUGAAAAGAAUGGGCUGUCAAAUUAGAACCAGUUGUGCAGUUGAGUCAGUCACAAGUAUUGACGGAGGUUGUCAUGUGCUGACGAUAGACCAUUCGGAUGAGAUAUACGACAGUUGCGUAAUCUGUAUACAUGCACCAGAUGCUAUAAAGAUUUUGGGAACUCAAGCAACAUACGACGAAAUAAGAAUACUCGGUGCAUUUCAGUUUGUAAACAGUGACAUAUAUCUUCAUCACGACAAAACUCUAAUGCCGCAAAAUCUAUCAGCAUGGAGUGCUCUGAAUUUUCUCGGAACCACACAAAAUGGUGUUUGUGUCACAUAUUGGCUGAAUGUGCUUCAGAAUCUUGGCUCAACCGGUCUCCCCUUUCUUGUGACCCUGAAUCCUCCUCGCGUUCCAGAUCACACCUUACUUAAAUGGCGCACUGGACAUUCUGUUCCAUCAGUAGCAGCCUCAAAAGCUUCUCUUGAGCUUAAUCAAAUUCAAGGCAAAAGAGGAAUAUGGUUUUGCGGAGCAUAUCAAGGUCACGGUUUCCACGAGGAUGGACUAAAGGCUGGACUAGCUGCUGCAUCUGGGCUACUCGGAAAAGAGUGUGCUCUUUUGGAGAACCCAAAACAUUUUGCACCUUCGUUGAUGGAAAGAGGCGCAAGAUUUCUAGUUACAAGAUUUCUUGAUCGGUUUAUCUCUAUUGGUAAUUUAACGCUGCUGGAAGAAGGAGGCACUAUCUUCAGUUUUGGACAAACCAAUGAGAAAUGUUCCUUAAAAUCUGUUUUGAGAAUACGCGAUCCCUUGUUCUACUGGAAGAUUGCGACAGAAGUUGAUUUGGGGUUCGCAGAUGCAUAUAUAAAUGGUUAUAUUUCCUUCGUUAAUGAGCAAGAAGGCCUCCUGGAUUUUUUUCUGAUUCUGAUUGCUAACAGGGAUCUGAGGAGUACUUCUAACACCGCAAUUAUUAAGAGGGGUUGGUGGACGCCGUUACUUCUGACAGCUGGACCCGCAUCUGCCGGAUACUUUUUCCGGCACAUUUUGAGGCAGAAUACUGUAACGCAAGCUCGUCGAAACAUAUCUCGCCACUAUGAUCUGAGCAAUGAUUUGUUCUCUCUCUUUUUGGACGAGACGAUGACAUACUCUUGUGCAAUUUUUAAGACAAAGAAAGAGGACUUAAAAGUUGCGCAGUUACGGAAAUUACAUCUCCUUAUUGAAAAGGCUAGAAUCGAUGGCAAGCAGGAAGUUCUCGACAUUGGUUGUGGAUGGGGAAGCCUAGCAAUAGAAGUCGCGAAGCGCACCAGUUGCAAAUACACAGGAAUCACCUUGUCUGAACAACAACUUAAGUAUGCUACAAAAAAAGUGAAAGAAGCUGGUUUACAGGACCGCAUUACGUUCUUGUUAUGCGAUUACCGCCAACUCCCAAAAUCACACAAAUAUGACAGGAUUAUAUCAUGUGGGAUGAUUGAAGGAGUCGGCCAUGAAUACAUGGAGGAAUUUUUUGGCUGUUGUGAAUCUGUUCUCGCUGAAGAUGGCAUAUUAAUCCUCCAGUUCAUGUCAAUACCAGAAGAAAGAUACGACGAGUACAGGAGAAGCUCUGACUUCAUAAAGGAAUACAUUUUCCCUGGAGGAUGUCUUCCUUCUUUGAGUAGAAUAACAUCAGCAAUGGCCGCCACUUCUAGAUUAUGUGUUGAGCACCUGGAAAAUAUUGGCAUUCAUUAUUAUCAGACAUUGCAAUGCUGGAGGAGCAAUUUGCUGGCAAAUAAACAAAAAAUUCUCUCUCUGGGAUUCGAUGAAAAGUUUAUCCGAAUGUGGGAGUACUACUUUAUUUACUGUGCGGCCGGUUUUAAAUCCCGCACACUGGCCGACUAUCAGAUGGUAUUCUCGCGGCCUGGUAACCUAAAAGUCUUCAACGAUCCGUUCACGAGUUAUCCGUCGGCUUAGUGGUAACUUUCGAUUGGUUUGUUAGUGUACUACUAUUGCUUGAGACAUGAGUUUCCUUUUGUUUUUCUAAACUAUGCUGUUGAAUAUGCAGCGCAAUCUGAAAUCAUUUCUAGAAGAAUAUAAUUUUUCAUUUGGAACUGUUAA